AGCCUUUAACCAAAAUCAUGGCUCAUACCUCAUCAUCAAGGAAUUCUCAUCUCCGAUCUUCAAAGUUUAAUUUCAUUCUCUUUCAGGUCUCAUUGUAUUUCUUGCUUUUAGUAUCUCCUGCAACAUCAUUAAGCUUCAAUUUUUCCAAUUUCACUAAAUCAGUAGUGUAUAAUGGAAGCAUCAUACUCCAAUUAGAUGCACAACUCUAUGAGCCAAUCAUCAGCCUCACAAAAAAUCGACAGGAUCAAAAUAGUACAAAUAGUACGGGUAGAAUGUUGUAUAAUGCUCCCGUUCAGCUCUGGAAUUCGAAGACCCUAACGGAUUUCACCACCAAUUUCUCCUUCACUCUCAGAAAUCCCUUAGACUACCACAACUGCGCCUCCCCUAACAAGACUCUCUGCAUUGGAGAUGGGCUUUCUUUCUUCCUUGCUCCCUUUGGUUACUUCAUUGCUUCCGAUGAUUCCACAGUCGAAGAUGUAAGCCUGGGAAGUGGUGGUCUGGGUCUGUUCAACAACUCAGCAACUCAGAAGAUCGUUGCAGUGGAGUUUGAUACUUUUCAGAAUAGAUGGGACCCAGAUAACAGUCACAUAGGUAUCGACAUAUCUUCCUUCUUAUCUAUUAAAACUAGUUCAUGUAAUAGUAGAUUUUGGAGUUGGAUGAGAAAUAAUGCUAUCCCUUGGGAGGCUUCGGUUAGUUAUGAUUCAAGUUCCCUAAACUUGAGUGUUGUAUUGACUUGUUCUGAUAAAACCAUUCCUUGUGAGAUCUGUAGCCUUAACUAUAAUGUUAAGCUAAGUGAUUAUCUUCCAAAACAAGUGACUAUUGGGUUUUCUUCAACCAAUGGAAAGGCCUACGAAUUACAUCAGCUUAACUCCUGGGUUUUCGAUUCGACUUUGGAACUGGAAGUUAGUUCUUUGAAAGAUUUUAUCGCACUGGCUGCGGUCGAAUUUGCCAUAGCUACUCUCUCGGUUUUGUAUGGUAUUUACAGGUGGAGAAAUUAUCGAAAAAAGAAAGCAGCAGCAGAUGUAGUGGUUUUAGAUGUGCCGACGGGGCCUAGGGAGUUCUCGUAUGCUGAAUUGGCUGGAGCAACUAGUUAUUUCCAUGAGACACAAAAGCUCGGAGAAGGAGGAUUUGGAGGUGUUUAUAGAGGCUUCUUGAGUGAUCUCAACAUGGAUGUAGCUGUGAAGAGGAUUUCUAAAGGAUCUAGACAAGGGGAAAAGGAAUAUGCAUCGGAGGUGAAGAUCAUUAGUCGAUUGCGGCAUAGGACCCUUGUGCACCUUAUUGGUUGGUGCCACCAACGUAAAGAGCUACUUCUUGUGUAUGAGUUCAUGCCCAAUGGAAGCCUUGAUUCCCAUCUAUUUCAAAAUAGGGGAUCCUUGGCAUGGGAAUUGAGGUACAAGAUAGCUCUUGACUUAGCCUCUGCAUUACAGUAUUUGCACGAAGGGUGGGAUCAAUGCGUCGUCCACAGGGAUAUUAAAUCGAGCAACGUAAUUCUUGAUUCCAACUUCAAUGCUAAACUAGGUGAUUUCGGUCUGGCUAGGGUUGUUGAAAAUGUGACAGAGUCACAAACAAAUAAUGUAACCAGUCCCAUGGGAGGAUGGCUUGUGGAACAUGGGAAAGGGACACAGACAACCAAUGUAGCUGGUACCAUGGGAUACAUGGCACCUGAAUAUGUUUUUACUGGGAAGGCUAGCAAAGAAUCUGAUGUCUUUAGCUUUGGUAUCGUUCUAUUAGAAAUUGCUUGUGGUAGAAAGGCCAUUGAGAAGACGGCUGACCCAAGUGAAGUUUGUUUGGUAGAAUGGGUUUGGGAUCUGUAUGGAAGUCGAAAGCAUCUCGAAGCGGCUGACCCAAGUCAAUGUAUGGAUGCUGCUGAUAAGCAGCAAUUAGAGUGCCUGAUUGUGGUUGGGCUAUGGUGUUCUCAAUCACACUUCAAUCUUCGACCUUCUAUAGGGCAAGCUAUUAAUGUUCUCAAAUUUGAUGCUCCAAUGCCCAUUCUACCAUAUUGUAAGGAGCCUGUUUCUUCUCCAUUCAAUUGGAGGAGUACAUUCUCGAUUACACCUUUCCAGGGUUCUACAGAAGAGUCCGGAUCACGUCCCUACAUGGUGACUGCCCCAACUCAUCUCCCACCUUCCCCCUCUACAGAAUGUGACAACAAUUCAUACCCAAUGUACGUCCAAAAGCAGCUGGCACCACUGAAUCCGCCAAGUGAAACAUGCCAUCUUCUUCAGCUUCAUCUGCCUAGUCUUCCCUCUUGA